UGACACCAUUUGUCUACGCCAUUCCCACAAUACCAUUCGGUUCCUCUUUCUUUUUUCACUGGAUCGUGGCCGCCGUCACACGGUUCAUUCGAGAUGGCUCCUAAAAGGAACAAUAUGGUCCCUAAUGGCCAUUUCCAUAAGGACUGGCAGCGCUACGUGAAGACAUGGUUCAAUCAGCCGAUGCGGAAGAAGCGUCGUCACGCACACCGUGUGAAGCGGGCUCGAGCUAUCGCACCGAGGCCCGUCAAGGGAGCCCUCCGACCUGUUAUUAGGUGCCCGGGUUUCAAGUACAACACAAAGCAACGCCUGGGCAAAGGUUUCAGUCUUGAGGAGCUCAAGGCUGCAGGUAUUGCUAAAAGGGUCGCCAGGACCAUUGGCAUUGCUGUGGACUACAGGCGCCACAACAAGAGUGUCGAGAGCUUGCAGCAGAAUGUGCAACGCCUUAAGGAGUACCGCUCGAAGCUGAUCUUGUUCCCGCGCAAGGCUUCCAAACCCGCCAAGGGUGAUGCAACGGAGGAAGAACAGAAGCUUGCAACACAGCUGAAGGGAGUGGUUAUGCCACUGAAGAAGACCACUCACCGGGAGAAGCCUCGCGUGCCAACUGAGGAAGAGAAGAAAUACUGCGCCUAUGUGCACCUGCGGCAAGCAAAGGCCAAGGCACGCCUCUGGGGCAAGCGAGCAAAGAAGGCUCGUGAGGCAGCAGAAAGCAUGGAAGCACAGGCUCCAAAGAAGGCUUAGCACAACUUUGGGGAUUAACAUUAAAGAAAUUGUCCACA